UAACCUGGGAAAAUAUCCCCAACAACUGGCCACUCUUAGUUACCUGUACUUAAGUUAUUUUCAAUCUCUCUAACCUGUACAUGACCAAUAAAUUACAUGAAACGCUUGGAAAAUGGGACAGGCACUGGACCCUUUGUCUUCCUUAUCUUAAGUAAACGUAAUUUUUAACCGCUUACAAUGAAUGGACACCUUCUUUGGAAUGUGAAAAAUUGCAGCAAUGGACAGGCAGUCAGGGAAUCGUAUGCUGCACAACAAGACCCCACGUAACAGGAAAGAUUUAAAUGAAUUACACACGUAAAAAAAGAAGGAAUUCUGCGUGCGUUAGCGCGCCGGAAGGCCACGUCUGGGCUGUUAUUGUUGGAGAGGCUUAGAGAGAACGAGGAAAGAAUGGCCAAGGCUGGCUUGAAAGAGAGCGCUUCGGGGGGGAAACAAAUACGGCCGGUUGUCAAUAUGGCAAAAAGGCGUCGGCUUUGUCUGUAAACUGAUAAGUACGUUUGACCAAAGCACACACAGGUCAGAAACAACAAGAAGGCUGUGGACAAGGAUGGCUGGGGUUGGGAUACUACGAGAAGAGCCCGUGCGUAAGAAGGCAAGUGUACCAACACAGCGGGGAAGACGUGCUUGGUCUCCGCAUGGGAAGAUGCGACCACGCUCUGGGACAUGGCACGGCGAUGAAGAGCUACCAGACAUGGUGAAGAACGCACGCAAAUUGACAGACUCGCUGGCUACAGAAGUCAGGUUCGAUCCCGGGCUGAUACAAGACGUCAUCGACAUGGUUCUGACAGAGACGCUAGCUCAUGAGACUUACGCAGCGAGCAAGAUGGGGGUCAUGAGCAAGCGCGUGAGUGACGUGCUGAAGACUAGGAUCCGGGGACUUUGCGGGGACCGGUUCAAGCUGGUUUGCAUCGUUGUGAUCACCGAGGGAGGGACAGAGGAGAGCGCCCUGCACGUAACCAGCCAGUGCGUUUGGGACCACGAAAGGGAUGACUUUGCGUCUGGGAGCUUCAGUAACGACGCCUUGCACGCUGUGGCUACCGUCUUUGCCAUCCAUUGCUGACAAUCAUGGAAAACAUAUCCUAAAACGCAGUUUGAAUGCAAGGAUGAUGGAAGGAAAAUCAAGGUAUCAAGUAUGUCUAACUGACUGAGUGCGUCACAACUGUGUCGGUGUUUUGUUUGUUUUUGUGCUAGAUUUAAAGAAGAAUGGACAAUGCGCAUAGCAGGACCACACAACCACCACUGCAAUGCAACAGUAUCAUCGGAAGGAAGGAAAUAAGGAGAUCGAUUCUUCGGUGGCCAUCAUGUCGAUUGCAGCUUAUUUUGAAGUAGCGAUUUGGUAGAUCAACUUACCAAACAGUGACGAUGACAGGAAAAGAUGAUUUUUUUCUCUUACAC